CUAACAGAAACAGGAAACACAAAACCCACGGCGCCCGCCACCGCCUGUCGGGUUCCUUCUUGGUCUGCCUUGCACUCUUGCCAUCUGCCAUCUGCCAUCCGCAGCCAUCGCUUCCCGAAGGUUGCUACACGUUUCCAAAGCUCGAGUGUUACUGCCCCUUCGAUCUUACCUGGAGUCAACCACGGCACGAAGUAAAGUUGGGUCUGGUCCGCGGUGACUGCCCCGUCGGUCUUGCUCCGAUCUCAGCCUGAUCCCCGUCAGCCGCCUUUUGGAAAGGCCAGUCCCACGCCUCCUGGGCCGAUUGUCGCUGAGUGCACCCGCUGUCGAAGAACCCUAACGGCAUACCUCACACCCCUCUGUCGAGACGACGCACACCGAAUAACCCUCUGCGCCGUCUGGACUGCCCGCGUACUCGCACCCGCAUGGUUAGGGGAUUACUUGCGGUUGGACGUAUAGGAGGACAUCGACACCUUUGUGAACGAGGCCCGCUAUGGAAGCGGGCGAGCAGGGAGGGAGGCAAAGUGGACUUCCAUCUGUCAAUGGCCUCGAACACUUUGACCGACGGCCUAGAGAGCGUGUCGAGACGUCGUACAGGGAAGGUCCGACCAUGUCGACAACAUUAAUUAGCCCGGCCGCGCCGUAUCAUCAUCAGCAUCACAACUCGUUCAGCUCAGGUUACCCUUACUCGGCGCCGGCCACAGGCAUACCCGGCAUGAUCUCUCCGGUUGAGCCGCAGAGGCCUUCAGACGACUCUGACUCUGGCCAUGCUCACCGACAAUCCCUGCCGUCGUUACCUUCGAUAUCAGAGGUGUUCUCUGACAGGAAGUCGCUAGCUUACGGACCUCCGCCAUCUUCAGCGCCAAUGCCACCAAACCAGAGUCUGCCAUCGCCCUUCCGGUCGUCAGCAGCACCUCGACUGUUCACGGAUAUUGCGAGUCCCGACAAAGAUACGUCGCCAAGGACACUAAUUCCAGUAUCUUCCUCGUUUCCACGGACUGAACCGCUCCCCGCCUUUUCGGAUCCCGCGCGGCCUACCCUUGCGAGCCGACCUGUGCCUCCGCCACUGAACACAUACCCAGGACCACAUCCGUCGCCUCCUGUCAAGAUAGAGCAGCUUGAGGCUGAGCAGAGGCACGCUGAAGCACAGUCUCUCAGUGCCGGGCCACGACCACAACCAGCCCAGCCGCUCCCGGGGUUGUAUGCGGAAACGGGAAGAUUGCCGCCUGGGCAAUUGCCCUUGUCUGGCUACCCUAUUUCUCCGAGGCAUAGCGUACCCGCCCUACCUUCGCCGUAUGACUCUCAACGGCCACCUGCGUACGGGGAGGAGGCCGAUUACUCGCACCAGCGCCCGUCAGAGUACAAAGCCGAUUUCGACAAACACUUUCAAACCUACGGUUAUCAGGAUGCACUUCAAGUUGUCAUGAGUUCUUGCCGCACAGGUUACCAUUUUGCCGAGGCCUACGCGGCAGCGGCGCGGGAGCAACAAGGCUCGCAGCCAAUCCCAUCGAGGAUGCCGACGGAGAACGAAGUGACCUCGCUGCUGAACAACCUCGUUCUCGCGCUCAAAAAGCUGGAGGAGGUCCGGGACAUGGUUCAGCAUAACCGGAUACAGACUGAGCGAGCACGCGAUAGCGGUAACCGCAAGCCCGAAGACGAGGAUGUUUCCAUGUAUGGUGAUGGGAUAAAGCCGGCUUAUGCCAUGAACGAAGUUAAGAAGCGGCGCGGUCGCGCGGCUCCUCCCGGACGGUGCCACAGCUGCAACAGAAUCGACACACCGGAAUGGAGGCGUGGUCCCGACGGCGCAAGGACUCUCUGCAACGCUUGUGGUCUUCACUACGCCAAGCUAGAGCGUAAACGGCAACUUGACCAGAGAUCACUCCGCCCGAAGCCCGCCGAUGAGCGAAAAUAACUGCGGAUAGCGAAAUCAACC